AUGGAUGUUGCUAUGGUAGACCAGCUCGAAGAAACUCUUCUUACUACGACGAAACCGGAUCCCAACAUUCCCCAAUGCUGCGUUAUAGCUUUCAAACCCAGAUAUGCUGUGUCAUUUCAACACGGACCACAUUCUAAGUUCAAAGUAGGAGAAGAGGUUAUCUUGUACAGCGUCAUACGGCCACAAGUCGAAUACAAGACAAUAGUGCAAGCCAUGUGCGAUGUAAACGAUGUAAUCGUCUUCGAGUUGAAAAAUAAAGUGGAGUUUGAUAGUUUCGCUACCGAGUUGGGAUGUAUUACCCGAUGCCAAAGAUACUACCAACUCGGUGUUAACGAAAUCCGAAGACCAACCUGGAAAGAUGGGAUUAUAGCAGAGACGCAUUUUUCUUUUUUUGUUGGAACUACUCACGGACGACAAGGAGACUCCGGAUCCGCGAUCUAUAACGAAACGGGCCGUUUCCUCGGUAUUGCGGUUGGAAAGAAGAACUUGCAGGUCCAAGAUAGAAGAAUGUUGUCGCUUAGUGAAGUAGCUGAUCAUCACCCGGUCAUAAAAAUAAUAAGCAGCAGCGUAAUAUCGGGGGUGAUGGCUGCGACUCACCAGAAGUUCGAACCGCCACGAAAGAAGACAAAACUAUGA